AUGAAUGAAAUGCGUCCACUGUGGAUUAAGUAUGCAUCAUUGUGUCGACAGCAAGGAAAAUUAUCGAUGUCUCGACAGAUUCUGACAAAUCUGCUAGGCUUGAAAAGAAAUGAAGAAAUCCAGAAUGCCCUUAAUUUACCCCUGGAUAAGCCUUCAUUGGUGCUAGCUGUUUGCAAGCAGUUCUGGGCCGAAAAGCGAACGGAUUUGGCUUGCAAUACUCUUGAGGCUUUGGUUAAUAGUCUUGAAGUGCAAAAGUCGACAAGUGAACAACAGCUGCAGCAGCAGCAGCACCGCGACAUGCGUGAAACAUCACCAGCUGUUAAUCUGGUUGAUAUAAUCAAUGUACCACAGGCAUUUGUCAGGGGCAGUCAGGCCCAGCUAUCGCCUAAACCAGCCGUUUUAGCCUCAUCAGCCCCGCUCAUCGUACAGUUUCCUGGGCCAUCACCCAACGAUUUACAACAACAGCAACCGCAAGCAACUAUAACUCAGGCAAUGCGAUUUUACGCCGAUGCGACAGCUUAUGAUUCGAACUGGUAUAAAGCAUGGCAUAAGCUAGCUUCUGCCUAUUAUAAUGCUGCUAUGUAUCAGUCACAGAGUACUGUGAGUUAUGCUUUUUUUGCCUUUUUUUUUUAA